AUGAACCGGCGCCUUCAGUCCAUUUCCAGCAUUCCCAGCACCGCGUCCUGCAAUGGUGACAUGCGUGCGACUGGCCACGUCCGCCCGUCUCGGGGCGGCACGUGGACUAACUACGCCGCGUCGGUGGGGAGUCGGAAGGAUGCGACUGCAGGCAAGGAACGCCGAGGCGAGUGUCCAGCAAUCAAAAGAGCACGUCGUCGCUGGAUCUCACGUCUUCACGAGAGCAAUCCGGGCGUGAGGCAGCGGAUGGAAUUUGGGCAUGGGCAGGCAUCGAUGCCUGCUGAUCUGCCCCACGAACCGGGCUUCCGUGCGUCUGCGCUUUCCGAAUGGGUUUGUUCCGGAUGCGCGCGAAUCACAGCACCUGUGCACCGUGUCGCACACCCCUCUGCCUAG